AUGGCAUCUCGAACUGCCUGGUCGCGUCUUGCGAUGCAGCCUCUCUCGACUCUUGCGCAGCGCGGCACAGCGCCCGCCGCUGCCUCGUUCUCGUCUUUGUCCUCUUCUGCUCUCCGUAGCCUCGCCCGACGUCCGGCGCCCGCACCAGUUCCAUUAGCGUCGUCUCCAGCUGGCACAUUCGUCCGCCUCGCCCACAACAUUCCGCGGCCCAAGGCGGCAGCACCUGCCGAUCCCUUGUCUGAGGCGUCCACUCCGUCCAUGCCAGCACGACAGCGCGGCAGCGUCGCCGGCUCGGGAAAGAACCCCAACAAGAUUGGCCUCGCACCGCACUACGAACUCACGUUCACCUGCCUGCCCUGCGGCACCCGCUCGGCCCACCAUGUCUCCAAGCAAGGGUACCACCACGGCUCUGUGCUCAUCACCUGCCCGUCGUGCCGCAACCGGCACAUCAUCAGUGACCACCUGGGCAUCUUUGGCAAUGUGAGCAAGGAGGGCGGCAGCGGCGGUGGACGCACGAUUGAGGACAUUUUGCGCGAAAAGGGCCAGCUCGUGAAAAAGGGCACGCUGGGCGAGGACGGCGACGUGGAGUUUUGGGAGGACGGCACGACGAGCGAGCGGCAGACGCGGCUGGCGGCGGAGGAUGUGAUGCUGCCGCAGUCAAACGAGAAAAAGGACAAGGACAAGCGGGCCGACAAGGAGGCGGCCCCCGGGUCGACCUUUACGAGCGCCGGCAAGGCGUGA